AUGGCGACUCACCAAGCAAUCAUCCUCCCCGAAAUCAACUCACCACUCUCGCUCACCACAGUCCCAACACCCACUCCUCAAUCCGGCCAAGUCCUCAUCAAAGUCCUCGCCAGCCCUAUCCUCGCAUACUACCGCGCAAUUCUCACCGGCAAGCUCCCCUACCCACUUCCCCUCCCCUUCACCCCCGGCGUAUCUCCAAUCGGCCGCGUCGAAGCCAUCGGCUCCGACACAACGGCACUCAAACCCGGGCAACUAGUCUACGUGGACCUUACCGUGCGCGCGCGCGAUGAUCCUCUCAGAGAGCAAGGCACCGUCAUCCUGCAGGGUCUCUUCGGAGGCAUAACGCCCGAAGCGCGCAUCCUCUCCGAAAACGACUGGCGCCACGGCUCGUGGGCGGAGAAACAGAUCGUCCCGCUGGAAAAUGUGCAUGUUCUCGAUGAACCGCUUCUGCUCGACCUGAUGGGCUAUUCCCCGGCAAGGCUGACCUGGAUCAACACCCUGCUUGUUCCGUAUGGUGGCUUGCUCUCCGGUGCACUGCAGCCGGGUGAGACGGUGAUUGUGUGUUUUGCGACGGGACAUUUCGGCGGUGCUGCGAUUGAUGUUGCGAUGGCCAUGGGUGCAGGGAGGGUUGUUGCUGUGGGACGACGGAUGAGUUCUCUUGAAAAGAUCCAGGCUGUCUAUCCAAAGGGAAAGGUAGUCGGCGUUGCGACGGAGGGUCUCGACGAGACUGCUUUGAGAGAUGCGCUGAGGAAAGCGACUCCACGCGGGCUAGGUGCGGAUCUGUUCCUCGAUUUUACUCCAGCAGCCCCAGAGGGCCAGAAAUGGAUACACAUCUCGUCUGCGAUAUCGGCAUUGAAGGCCAACGGUCGCGCGGUGCUUAUGGGCGGAGCUUCAGAUUUGGUUAACCUGUCUUAUUCUGAACUCACGACGCGUAAUAUCACGGUGAAGGGGAACUUUAUGUUCGACGGAACUGCUCCUGCGAAGUUGAUCCGGCUCAUCGAGAUGGGAAACCUGUCGUUGUCUAGAUUCAACGACAUUGAAUUUGAUUUCCAGGACUACGAAAGGGCGAUUGACGAGGCUGCGACGAAGACUGCUGGUGACUGCGGAGUGGUUCUCGUCCACAGAGAACAGUCUGGAGCGGUGCAGUGA